AUGUCUGUGCACUCCAUAAGGCUUGCUGGAAGAGAAAGUCGGUUAGAAGAACCUUUUGCAAAUGACAUCUACCAGAUAGUUGAUGAAAUUGCUUGUGUUCUGCUGCCAGUCAUCCAGGAUAAACCAUUUGCAUUUUUUGGACACAGUAUGGGAUCCUAUAUUGCUUUUAUGACUGCACUACACCUAAAAGAGAAACAUAAGCUACAACCAAUACAUUUGUUUGUGUCAAGUACAACUCCUCCCCAUUCAAAGGCCCGGCAACGUGUUCCCAAACAUGAUGAAUUAUCAGAAGAACAAAUUGGUCAUCGCCUUAUGGAAUUUGGAGGCACCCCCAAGAGUUUUGUUGAUGACAAGGAACUUUUACAACAAUAUAUUCCCACACUCAUGGCAGAUGCGCAAAUAUUUGGUAAUUACAC